UAAUGUCAUCUCGCUAGACACUAAGCUUAUGCAAGUCGUUCUGGCAAGAAGAGUACAGCGAGAUGGCCAAUUCAGAUAAUAACAUUGUAGCUUCAAUUCCUUCCUUUCCAUCAAUUUCGCACCCAUUUUCACUGUCAUACACCUGGUAUUCCUAGAUUCUGCUCCUCCUUUUGGGUCUCCAAUAAUAGCAAGAAAAAUGUAAUCCUGAAAGCUCCUUUUCUUCCCCUUUCAGUCUCUUUGUUCUUCCCCAUCCCCUCUUCCAUCUCUCAAAUAUUCUCCCACUGAAAGCAAGUUCAGAUAUUUUUCACUUACCCUCAAGCCCCUCCCCCUUCACUCUCUCUUUAAGCCUCCCCAACCAGUUAGAAUAUAAUUUCAAGUGUUAUAUUCUAAGUUAUCAUAUUCGUACCUGCUUCGUAAACCGCCCCCAAUGGUCACCGACGCCUCUCCGUUGCUAACCCAUGACGGCUUAGAGUUCUGCCAGUACAUGGCAGCGGGGUCAAUCGCUGGUUCAAUCGAGCACAUGGCGAUGUUUCCCGUGGACACGCUCAAGACCCGAAUGCAAGCCAUGACCGGGUUGGACCCAGGCCAUCAUGGCGGAGUCCGGCGAGCCCUCGGUUCCAUCCUGAAGCUGGAAGGCCCUUCGGGACUCUAUCGCGGGAUUGCCGCCAUGGGUCUCGGAGCUGGUCCCGCACACGCCGUGUAUUUCUCGGUGUACGAAAUCUGCAAAGAGAAAUUCUCCGGGGGAAACCGGAACAACCCCGCCGCCCACGCAGCUUCCGGAGUCUGCGCCACCAUCGCGAGCGACGGCGUGAUGACGCCGAUGGAUGUAGUGAAGCAGAGAUUACAGCUGAAGAGCAGUCCGUACAAGGGUGUGUGGGAUUGCGUGAAGAAGGUGUUGAAGGAAGAAGGGGCGGGUGCGUUGUACGCGUCGUACAGGACGACGGUGGUGAUGAAUGCGCCGUUCACAGCGGUGCAUUUUGCGACAUACGAGGCUGUGAAGAGGGGGCUGACGGAGUUGUCGCCGGUGAAUUCAGAAGAAGAUGAAAGAGUGGUGGUACACGCCACAGCGGGAGCGGUGUCAGGGGUGGCGGCUGCGGCGGUGACUACGCCACUAGAUGUAGUGAAAACUCAGCUGCAAUGCCAGGGGGUUUGUGGGUGUGAUAAAUUGUGCAGCAGUUCGAUAGGGGAUGUGAUUGAGAGCGUGAUCAAGAAGGAGGGAUACAGAGGGCUCAUGAGAGGCUGUCUGCCGAGGAUGCUCUUUCAUGCUCCCGCCGCUGCUAUUUGUUGGUCCUCUUAUGAAGCUUCCAAAUCUUUCUUCCUCCGUUUUUGAAUUACGUACUGACUCUACUUUCCCUACCUCAUUUGGAUCUUCCAAAACACGGCCAUGUGCUUGCUUCUGUCUUGGAGCAGAGUCUAAAUUCUGUGUUUAUGUGGCUACCAUGGAAUGUCCAAUUUAGUAAUCAUUAUCCCAAACCAAACCCAACUAUCCUGGCUAGCCUCCUCCCGUGAAAUGUACGAGUGCUCUGUAUAUAAUUAUAUAUGUACAUCUCUAUGAACUGCUUUUGCUGUGAAA